UACGCGGCAGCGCGCCUAGCGCACCGUCAGAUCUGGUUUUUAGGUUAUUUUCGAAUUAAAUGAGUUCUGGUGAGUUCGUUCUCGAAACGAAAGUUUGAAGUUGCGUCAGAUAUGUGUUGAUUGAUCAUUUUUAAAAUAUAUUUUAUAAUAUACUCCCUCCAUAUAUUCCUACGAAGAGUUAUUCAAAGAAGUGUAGCGGUGCGCAUCAAUUGCGCGUAAUGUAAACCUUGAAAAAGUGACUUACAAACUUCAAGUAUCCUGACUAACCACAAUUACCUCGUGGAACCAUAUGAAUUCUCCACGUGUUCGUAACGCGACUAUCUAAAUCUUGACAAUUUGUCGAUUUGUACGCCGGUGAAUGAAUUAUCGAUACGAUCGUCCGAGAUACGAUGAAUACGAAAGUGUGUAAGAAGGACGUUCUGCAAGCCGUUAUUCUUGCGGAUGAUUUCACAACGGGAUUAAUUCCGGCGCAAAGUAUAUACCCGAGCGUCCUAAUGCCGGUGAUAAACAUACCGCUUUUCGAUUACAUGAUCGAGACGUUGAUAAAGUCGAGGAUACAGGAGGUAUUCCUUUACUGCAGCAGUCACGUGGAUCUACUGAAAAAGUAUACAAAGGAGAGAGUUUACAGAGGCAUUACGAUAUCCCUGAUUAUUUCCGACGGCUGCAGAUCCCUCGGAGAUGCUCUGCGGGAUAUUGAUACAAAAGGAUGGAUCAGGGGAUACUUCGUACUGAUUCGCGGGAACGCGUUUACCAAUACGGAUCUUAAAACCUUGCUUAGCGUUCAUCGUGCGAAAGUCGAGAAGGAUAAGGGAGCAACCAUGACUAUGGUGUUACGGAAUUUUGGCUCGACGAAAGGCUCUUAUCUCAACGAGGAAGCGCCUCUAGUUGUAUCCGAUAAGAGCAGCAAUAAAAUUCUGUAUUACACCAAGCUGAAGGACAGCGGGAAGAAAGUGAAGCUUGAGUUAAACUGGUUCCUCGAUCAUAGCGAGGUUGAAAUUAAUUCCUGUCACUUGGAUACUCAUAUUUACUUGUGCUCGCCGUCUGUCUUGCCCCUCUUUGCUGAUAACUUUGACUUUCAGACUAUGGAUGAUUUUAUUCGAGGAGUAUUGAUGAACGAGGAGAUUUUGGACUCGAGGAUCUACUGGCAGCAGUUAAACACAGAGGAUUAUGCCUUGCCAAUUACAUCGUGGAAAGCUUAUCAUAUGCUUACCCAGGACAUUUUGCGUAGACAUAGUUUUCCCCUUGCACCAAGUGCUUUCCCCUUAUUAAAGAACUUUAUAUGCAUGCCGCGGAGUACGUAUAAACACAAAACUGCUACUUUUGCUAAAGGUUGUUUACUAGAAAAAGAUUGUAUUCUUGGAUUUAACAGUUCGUUAGGAAAUAAUACUAAAGUCGCGAGAUCUGUGAUCUCGGACAAUUGCACCAUAGGUAGUAACGUUAAUAUAUAUAAUUCUUAUAUCUUUCCAAACGUUAGAAUUAAAGAUAAUUGCACUAUUACAAACAGUAUCUUGUUUUCGUGUUGCAUCGUUAGGUACCGUAGCCAAAUAGAUGGAUGUAUAUUGUAUCCGGAAACUGACAUUACCGCUCGCAGUCAAUAUGUCGAUACUGUUAUCGAAUCUACACCUUCCGGUGUGUCUAAGACUAAGAUGUCAGAUCUCGAGGCUAGUGACGGAUUUUUGUACUUUAAGAACACUGAGGUAACCAACUGCGAUGACUGCUCGCUCACAGAGUCGUCUAGCAACGAAGAGAAUCUGGAGUGUGAUUCUCCAAUUCCGGACGACACGAAUAUGUUCUUGUCCGAAGUUAUCGAUAGUCUGUUACGCGGUUAUCAGGAUAAGCUGAAUUGCGAGAAUUUAAUUCUAGAGAUAAACUCCUCGAGGUACGCGUACAACGUCACCAUCCGCGAGGUGACGUACAAUGUCAUCAAAGCGAUUCUCAGUCUGCCGCUGCACUAUCUUUCCGAAACAAAGACUGCCGUUAAUAAUCAGAAUUAUCAAAAGAAUUUGAAAAUUAUGAUGAUCUAUUUUAACACUAUUAUUUCGAAUUAUAUUAAGAACGAAGACGGGCAGGAGGAUUGUUUGCGUGCUAUAGAAGACGUUGCUAGUACAACCAACGAAUUACUGCCGUAUACGCAACACCUGUUGCAUCAAUUUUACGAUCGCGAUAUACUAUCGGAGGAAAAGAUUUUAGAGUGGUAUGAGUCUACUGGCGAAGACGCGGAUGCGCUUCAUACAAAAGUAAAAAAUGCCGUUCAGCCGUUCAUUAAGUGGCUGCGAGAGGCAGAGGAAGAUUCCUCUGAUGAGAGUGACGAUUAAUAUUUUUUAUUAAAAAAUCUUGACAUAAAAUAUAACUAUCUAUAUAU